AGGUUGGCUGCUAUCUUACAUUGAUCUAGGAUACUAGAUGCAACUGCUGUUCUGAAUGUAGCGAGCAGAUAGUAGUAUUAGAUUGUUGUCAUGCCUAGGUGUAGGCAACAUAUGGAUUUCCAAUACUGAGAAUUUAUUAUUUUUUCCAUUCGCUUUCUCUUGCUAGCAGACCUGGCAGAUCACUUCGGGUACUUCUAUAUACAGGCUUGCCAGAAAAGAGAGAAACUAAAGGGGGCAUAGCACAUAAGAGGGCCUUAAGGAGAGAACAGAGGAGUGGGAUAGAAAGUGUAGCUGUAGAAACAGGGUUAGGUAGAUAGACUGCCAUGAGAGAGGAUCCGUCAAGCUGUGGUGAAUACCCUGAGGGAGGGGUGGUGUCCAGCGAGGAGGAGCCAGACUGUGCUCCAAUCAAAUACCCUGUGGUGCUGGUAACACCAGGGGCCGGCGGGCGCAAGAGUGUCACCAGGAAAGAUAACAUUUCAUCGCCAACAGAGGACAACAAGUCAACGACAGGAGGGCCUCCCAGUCUGAUCCCAUCAGGACCCAAGAGGCCUAAGAAGAGUCCCCAGCCCUCCCUGUCUCCUCUCCCCAUCCCAGGCCAGCCCCUGGAGGACCCUCAGCACCAACGGGUGAUCGCCAAUGUACGGGAGCGCCAAAGGACGCAGUCCCUGAACGACGCCUUUGCCUCGCUGCGUAAGAUCAUCCCCACGCUCCCCUCAGACAAGCUGAGCAAGAUCCAGAUCCUAAAGCUGGCCUCGCGUUACAUUGACUUCCUCUACCAGGUCCUGCAGAGCGACGAGAUGGAUGCCAAGCUGGCCAGCUGUAACUACCUAGCCCACGAGAGACUCAGCUAUGCAUUCUCGGUGUGGAGGAUGGAGGGGGCCUGGUCCAUGUCCGCUACCCACUAGCCCUGUCACCUACCUCUCUAACACCCCCUCCCUCCUCUCCUGCCCCAGCCAAUCUCCCAUGACCUCUGACCCCUGCUCUCUGACCCUCAUCCUCACAUCAUCUAACUCUUAUCAUUCUACACCAGCACCGUACCAAGGCGACUGAGAAGCCUCCACCUGUUGGUCUGCAAUCCCUUUGUUUACUGGUUUGGACCUACACCUCUGGACCAACUAAAUCAAAGAUAUGAGCCUGCCCUCACUCUGGAGAGGUACUGUAGAGAGACUCAGCUUCCUCGAGCCCACACAGAAUCUAUGGGACAAUGAUUCAGAGCUACUAGCAGGUCUAGAAGAGGGACAACUAUAGAGUUUUAGGACCUGGAAAUUGCAACUUGUGACUUGGAAACAAUUUGGUAAACAAAUGUAAGUUGCAGUUAUUCAUGGGAAUAUUCCUAUUGUAGUGUGACUACAUGUAGUACAGAACUGUUUGUAAACCAACAUACAAUUCCUCAUUAAAAGGGAAUGAGUUGGUGUAAGAUAAUAAAAUGAGUACUUGAGCAUCUUUGAAGCAUAUUUCUCAGCCCCAUCUUAUUACCAAUCUCACCUUAAAGCAUACACCCUGUACUGCGACUACACCAGAAUGUACACGUCCACCAUCAGCAUCCAAAAUGAAUGGCCAAACAUUUGGAGAUGGAUGAUGACACAAUAACAUUUCUAAACGCCAAAUGCAUAAGAAAUACAGCGGUUAUCCUUCUUUGAGUUUGUUUGUUAAAGAACCUGGGUUAGCAGAUUAUCCACGUGUUACCCUGUCAGCCUAAAUUAGUGCUCUAUAGCACAGACUUCCUUAAUGAGGGCCAAGUGUCUGCUCAGGCAGACCAGGGUAUAAUUGCCCAUAAAGCUGUUGUUCUUUUGGGGGAAAUAAAGGCCUCUAAAAUAUUUAUUGGUUGUCUGGUUGGAAAGAAAUCCUAUGAUAUGCCCAACCACAGAAGCACAUGUGGAUGUAUUAGUGGACCAGGAAAGUACACCGUAUAUCCAACAUGUUGUCACACCUACAAUUCUGUACACACAAAAAUUACCAUUAAAAAAUUUAAUUAAGAGAAAAACAGUACAAAAUAGACAUCCUUUCUAUACAUACAUAGGAAAUAUGUAGGAAAAAAUUAACACAAGGUAAAUAAAAAGUAUGAAAAAAAGACUGUUAUUCUUAACUCCAGUUAGUGAAGGCUACCAAUACUUGACUCAAGGCACAUGCGUGAUGUAUUUUGGUCUUGAGUAUCUAUUUACAGUGACUUUAAGAAACAGAGCAUAAAAAGGACAAUAUUAAAGGAAAUCAAGAGGAGUGGCCCACUUGUCACUAAGACAAUAAGAGUGUUGCCCAUAGGCCCCUGGAAGUCUUUACAGGAGAGGUAAAGUACAGUAUCCAACACACUUUGUCUAACAUUACUUCAUAGACAACAGAUACCCACUGGUGUACUACGAGACAGAGAGCACAGGCACUGUUCUACGAGAAUAUGAAUAAUGGUGGUUACUUCUAUUUCUUUUUAUACAAGUCUUUGAGGGGAUCUUACGGGCAAACAUUGCCCAGAGUCUUGAAAACAACCACCCCAAAACAAAUAGUUAGUACAAACAAUAAUGAAUAUUGAAAACUGGCAAUGGCCUCCUACACACAUAUACAGAUUUUGAUUUUUAUUUCAACCUGUUUGCUACAGUACAAAAGUAGUCCUGCAGCAAACAGGAAAAGUGAAUUAUGUGGAUUAUAAUUUAUGGACAGUAUUGUAGAGAUUGAUAUGUUUUUUUUUGUUUAAAAGUGGACUUUUAAUAUACCUCAAAUACACUACAAGGUUUAAAUUUCCUGCAUUUCAGGAAAGUUCUCCGGCAACAGGGUGAUCAAAUUACUACAAUCCUACAUCUGUAGCCAUCCACAGUGGUUGGUACAGAGUAUAGUAAGAAAUGACUAUAAGACUUGUUAGCAUGGUUAUCGUGAUCUCUCUCUCAACGACAACUAGGGGAGAGGAUAAACCUAUGGUUAGUUAAGACAAGAUUGACGUGUAUCACCGGCGUACAUGCCCCUGUACUGGUGCACCAGCAGAGAGAGUA